GAGGGUCGAGAUCUGGGCUCCGUGCGAGCGGUGAGCGAAUGGAUGCAGUGAAUCCUUGGGCGAUUGAUUUCUGCCUGCUGUACACUAGCACACCCAGCCAAGCACAGACGAGACGGAGACGCGUCCACGGCCCGCAGAGCACUCGUCCCAUGUACCCAUCUAUGGAAAUGUCUCCUGUUCACCCGAUAAGGCGAUGCUGGCCGUUCCGCGGUAUUUGUUGAGGCGUCCCACAUCAUUAUAGAUUAUGGGCCGUUCACAUGUUGGUCGACUCGGCGCCAGGUCCAGCUGGUGGUGCGCGCUGAGCCAUUCAAUUCACCCUCGUCGUUCACACCGUUCCGGCGAAAUUGCGCUUCCCACCUUUUGGUACGCUCGGCCGCCGAUACUGUCGCCAUUGUCAUUAUCAAUGGCUUUAUCAAGGUCACGGCUCCUAGACGCCCUUGCGGACAGCCCUGGACAUAGACCCUGGACAUAUGCAUGGUCGAUAUCCCUAGACUACACCUUCAGAUUGCCAUAUCGAAAGGCUCAGCACUUGGCUCCACACAUGUACGCCACCUUGCAGCGUGCAGCCAGCCACACAGAGAGAUCAAGUAUCUUGUCCCACUCGAACUUCGGAUUGGAAGCUUGCCAGAUCUUCCUCGUGGUUGCGCAACAACUGCAACUGAAUGCUAUAUCUUGAAGAGAUGGAUUGAGACGCCCGCUGACAUGAUGAUACACCUCAAGCCUUUGCUCAUUCACGCUAGUGGAGAGCCCUCUGCCUCUGACCAGAGCCGCAACUAUCU